AUGUUUGUCGCUGAACAUGCCGUUGAUUAUUGCAGGCUUUUUUCUCAUAUCGAGGCACGCUUUUCCAGCAUGCUUCCUGUCCAAAAAUACAUGGCGCACACGCAAAGGUGUGAGCGCACCUUGUGUAUAUUAAUGCAUGGUGAAAGACAGCCACUGACCGACAAGAACAAAACCGACCCGGGAAACUUGGGCAAAAGCCUCGAUCCUAUGUAA